GUUUGUUUACAUUUUAAAUAACUAAAAUCACUAAAAAUCUAUACAACAAUAAUCCGAUAAUCGUCUGUCGUCCGACUUGAAUCAUGGCUUCUACAAUCAGUAAAGCUUGCAACAAAAUACCAUUUGAAUUAUUUUGUCGAGUAUGUGAAGACAUUUAUAAUGCUAAAAACGAAAAUAAAGUCCUCAUUCUAAAAAAAUUCAUUAGUAAAUGUCGAGGGUCAAUUGAGAAAAGUGACAACUUAAAUAUAGAAGAUACAUUUUAUCCGGCAUUAAGAUUACUGAUACCUGUAGCAGACAAACAAAGGGGUGCAUAUGGCGUUAAAGAAGCUGCGUUAGGAAGAUUGUAUGUCAAGAUAUUAUGCCUUGCAAAAGACAGUCCAGAUGCUCAGAAGCUUUUGAAUUUCAGGCUGCCAAAAUUUUCUGGAUCUACAGCUGGAGAUUUUGCUGAAACUCUAUUUUGGGUUAUUAGAAGUCGAUUUGAAGAUAAUGGUUCAGUGACUAUUGCUGAUAUUAAUCAAUUAUUGGAUGAAAUAGCUAUGAAACAUGCUAUCAAUGAAUCAAGGGAAGUGGAACAAAUUUUACAAUUAAUGCUAUUAAAACUCAGUGCGAAUGAGCAAAAAUGGUUGAUUCGRCUAUUAUUAAAAGAAAUGCGCUUGGGUAUUGCGCAUACAAAAAUAUUAAAUGCAUAUCAUAACGAUGCCAACGAUUUAUAUGAUGUUUGCAAUGAUUUAACAAAGGUAUGCAAAAUGCUUAAUAAYCCAUCAGUGGUUUUGCAUGAGAUAUCUGUUAAUUUAUUUGAACCUUUUUGCCCAAUGCUAAGCCAGCGUUGUGAAAUUACUGAUGAUAAUAAAAUACUUAAAACAAUUAAGUAUGAUGAAUUAUUUGUUGACAUUAAAUUGGAUGGUGAAAGAUUUCAACUCCAUUGGUCCAAAGAAAAAAACCUUUUUAAAUAUUAUUCAAGAAAAGGCAAUGAUUAUACAGACACAUAUGGCUGUGAUGAUGUUAAUGGUAUUCUGAGCCCAAUAUUAGCAAAACAGUUUAAAUCUGAUGUAAAGAAUUGUAUCUUAGAUGGUGAGAUGAUGUGUUAUAACACAAAGUACAAAUCAUUUUCUACAAAAGCCAUGAAUAUUGAUGUAAAAAAACUAAGAAUAGGAAAUACACAUCAACCCUGUUUUUGUGUAUUUGAUAUUCUCUAUUAUAAUGAUCAAGUAAUUACAAACCGUCCAUUGGAAGAACGAUUAGAUAUUUUAAAUACAAUAUUUGAACCAUUAGAUGGGAUUUUUGUACAUACCACUCGAUAUAAAGCAAGAAAAAAUGAAUUAAUGAAAUAUCUCAAUGAUGCAAUUGAUAACCAUGAAGAGGGCAUUGUAGUUAAAGAUCCACUAUCAAUUUACAAGCCAAAUUCACGAAAUUCAGGAUGGUAUAAAAUUAAACCAGAAUAUACAGAUGGUGCACUCAUUGAAUUAGACCUUUUAAUUAUUGGUGGAUAUUAUGGGGAAGGUAAAAAUCGAGGUGUGGUGAGCCAUUUCCUUAUGGGUCUUUUAGAAAAAGAUGGUGAAUCAUUUAAGUGUUCUGCUAUCAGUCGAGUUAGUUCUGGAUUAUCAAUAGAAGAACUAGCUGAUUUAUCAAGACAAUUGUCUUUUCACUGGAAAAGAGUUAAUGCUGGAGUGAUGCCAACAAACAUUGAGUGGGGUAAAGAAAAGCCAGAUCUUUGGAUUGAACCUGAAUCAUCAGUUAUUCUACAGGUAAAGGCAACAGAAAUUAUGACAAGCCACAGUUUUAAAAAUAAUAUAACAUUACGUUUUCCACGAAUUGAAAAAGUUCGUUAUGACAAACCGUGGCAUGACUGUCUGACCGUUGAGGAUUUUGAGUCUAUAAUCAGGCGUACGGAAGGAAAGUUAUAUACUUCAUGUACUGGUGUAAUUAAUUCUUCAGAUAAAAUUAAAAAAUCCCGUGUGACAUUAACUGUUGAUAAAAAAUUUCAAGGCCCAAAUAUAAGAGAUAUCAAAUAUAUUAAUAAUAUGUUUGAAGACAAAGAAUUCUGUAUCCUCAACGAUAGUGAAACAAUGAGCAAAAUUGAAAUUGAAAAAAAGAUUCUUGAAUAUGGUGGUCAAGUCGUGCAAAACCCUGGUAACAAUACUUUUUGUGUUCUUGCCAACAACAUCAAACAUACAAGGGCGCAUGCAAUAAAAUUAUCAGGCAAACAUAGUAUAAUAAGUACAAAAUGGAUACUGUCAUGUUUUACUGACAAUGAAUUUCUUAACUGGACUCCCGAAAAUGUUUUAUUUUUAUCCAAGGAACACCAGCUAUUAAUGGAUGAAAAAUUUGAUCAGUAUGGUGACAGUUACACAGAAUUAGCUACUGUUGAAACAUUACGSCGUGCAAUGAAUCGAGUUGAACUAGAUGACGAUUUAGUCAACCCAGAAGUUGAUCCUUUUUUGGAAUUCCAAAAUGAACUGUUUAAUGAAGAACCAUGUUUCAAAAUUUUUGAGAAAUUUCAAGUCUAUUUUGAURAUUUAAAUUUAGAAAAUUUGCCUGUCAGAAAUUUCCACACGAAUACAGUGCUGGAAAUGUUGAUCUUUAAAUUUAAUGGUGGCAAAGUCUGUAAAAAUAUUGAUAACAAUACUACUCAUGUUGUAAUUCAUUCAAGUAAUAAAAAUAACACUAAUAAAUAUCAAACUAUGAAAAGAGAUCGAAACCAAGCAUUUGAAAUUGUCGAUGAGAACUGGAUUAAACAAAAAAUAAAAUGGUAGACAAAAAAAAAAUUGAUUUGUGAUAUUUAUUAAUUUUCUUAUUCCAAUUUGUGCACAACUCUCUAUAAUAUAAACUACUACAUUUAUAAUAAUAUAUCUAUACUAUAAAAAAACGGGUUUUUUGUUUUGUUAAUUACAUUCUUGUUUAGAUUUCACUCAAACUUACUAAAAUUAUAAAUAAAUAAAAAAUUCAUCAUCCUUAAAACAUAAAUAGUCUACUUUAUUAGCUAAUUUGUCUCAGUCCGUUGAAACAAAACAGCCUUAAUAAAUAUAUAAUUAUAAUUGUUACUGUUAAAAUAUUAAUUUUUAAUAUUUACAUUUUCCAAAAUAGUCCGUAACAUAAAAAAAAAACAAAAUAAAUCUGUACUUUGAUAAAUAAAUAGGUAGGCCUGGGAUAUGGGCUUUGUGUAAUGAUUGUUUAUAUUAAAAGACAAGAAAAAUCAAAAACACAUUAUUAAAUUAUAGGUAAGUGGGAUAUAAGAGAGGAAGUCAAAAGUUUAUAUUUUGAGAUCUAAUGUUCAAUUCUUAAAUUUUCUUUUUCUUUCUUUUGUUGUUUUACUCUAUUUGCAUGUAUGCACUUCAGCAUUACGGAUACAUGUCUUACACUGCACAUAACAACA